AACCUUUCUUUUUGGAAACAUUACGCUUGUGGCGGAACCUUUUAACCGGUGCACAGACGAACUUUAACCCUGCAAUAGGCUUAUUGUAUUGAUUUAGCUGAUUAUGUUUUCGUGUAAUUUUAGCAAGUGAGUCGUGGGAAAUAUUUUUUCAAGUUAGCAUUGUCGUCCAGUAGUUGCUCAGACGUGUACUAGCGAUAUGAAAAUAACCGCGGCGAGCAGUAAUCGUCGCAUUUGAAAAAGAUGUUUUCUCCGAGAUAAGCUAACGUUAGCUGCGUGGCUAAUGUAGCGUACGUAGCUUUGGUAACAACAUGACGACGUUGAGGAGCGGUGUGUAGGAGCGACCGACGAGACAUCGGAUCGCGCCGAUUUCCUGCUUGUCAGUCACUCACUUGCAGGAUCACCGCGUCUUUGUGUCUGGAUAGAGACAAAACGGCUUAACCGAGACAAAAUCAAAUCUGAUCGCCUUUUCCGGUCGGUUAUUUUAAGAGUGUUUAGGACAUUUGCAUCACUUUCUUUCAAUGGGUGAGGAAAAACCGGACACGCUGGACUUUGUAAAGGAUUUCCAGGAGUAUCUGAGCCAGCAGACUCAGCAUGUCAACAUGAUAUCAGGCUCGGUCAGUGGCGUCAAAGAGGCGGACGAGCUGCCAGCAGACUGCAGUCAGAAUGGAUUGGAUCACCCCUCUGUCGACAUGUCACUGGAGGACAGCUCAGGGAUCCUGGUGGAUGGUUUUGAACGGACCUAUGAUGGAAAGCUCAAGUGUCGCUACUGCAACUAUGCCACCAGAGGCACAGCGCGACUCAUUGAACACAUACGAAUCCACACAGGAGAGAAGCCUCAUCGCUGCCAUCUCUGCCCAUUUGCUUCGGCUUAUGAGCGCCAUCUGGAGGCUCAUAUGCGGUCACACACAGGUGAAAAGCCUUAUAAGUGUGAGCUGUGCUCUUUCCGCUGCAGUGAUCGCAGCAACUUGUCACACCAUCGCCGCAGACGACACAAACUCCUGCCGAUGAAAGGUGCUCGCUCGCUCUCCCAUAAAAAGAUGCUGAGUGUUUUACAGAAGAAGGCCACUUCACUGGGCUAUGGUCGCCGGCUCCUCAUCAACUUCAGCCCCCCUUCUAUGGUGGUGCACAAGGCGGACAAUGUGAAUGACUUCUCUCAUGAGCUGCCCCACCUACAUCAGGAGACCUAUGACAAUCAGAGUAGAGCAGUUGAAGAUGGGCUCUCCUCAAAUCAAAAUCACCACCACCAUGAAAUUGUCAUGGAAAACCCACUGAACCAGCUGUCUACUCUGGCAGGCCAGUUGGCCAGCCUCCCUUCAGAGUCCCAAGCCCAGACUCAACAGCCCAUGUCUCCUGGAGCAGAGUCUAUUGUUGAUGAGAAGCCUUUCCUCAUACAACAGCCCCAUCCUGCUACAGCUCCUGUGGCGGUGACCGCUAAUAUGGCCAAUGCCUCCUCCUCCUCCCCCAUCACCCCAGAGCCCCGGGCUCCUCCACACAGCAAUUGUAGCCCUGGAGCGGGGCCCUGUAGCGAGCACAGUGGGCGCACCAGUACCCCUAGUAUCUCCAACAGUCAGCCCAGUACGCCAGCCCCAGGUCUUUCUGCCCCACUCCAGGAUUCCCACAUGCUGCAUCAUUGCCAGCACUGUGACAUCUACUUUCCCGACAACAUCCUAUACACUAUCCACAUGGGCUGUCAUGGCUAUGAGAACCCAUUUCAGUGCAACAUCUGUGGCCACAAAUGUAAAAGCAAGUAUGACUUUGCAUGCCACUUUGCCCGUGGGCAACACAAGUAAUGGAUGAAUGAGGAAAGAUUUUAAUGGACGGCGUUGUUUAUUAAUUUCGUAGUAAUUUUAUUUAUUGGUAUUUUCUUGGCCUUGAUGUAGCCUAGCCUUUGAAAGUUCCUUUACCAGAACAUUCAUAUUGUUUUAUUUGAUAUAAUUAUAGGUGCCCAGUAAAGUGUAUUAUAAAGGGAUGGUCAGUGUUUUUGACAAGUUGAGAAUUUAUUUUAGGUGUAAAAAAUUACAUUCAUGUUGUCAUAUAAAAGAAAAGUUUCCCUAUUUACCUCUAUGACUAAACUUAGGGAACUACAAUAUUCUCCAUAUGUUGGAACUUCUCCCAAAUACAUUAGCUUUAAAAAAGUUUCAAACCAACUGCAGUAAUUCAUCCUACUGAGAUGAAUUAUUUCACUAUUCUUCUAAACAACUACCUUCAAACGUGGUAAACAGUAUGUAAGUGUGUUAAAUACCAUGUGAUUUGAGGUAGAAAUGGACUAAUAAGAUGAAGUAAUUUAGUAAAACCAAUUGUUAGCAAUUGAUUGUUUGUGGUGACUGAAGGUCCUCUAAAAAAGGAAACUGCAGUUCACAUGAACAGUUAAUGAACGACAAGAUGCAAUACAAAGCAACCCCCACCCCCCCCCCCCCCCCCCCCCAAAAAAAAAAAAAAACAAAAAACAAAAAAAACACUGACUGGCUCCCAAAUAAAUUCUCAACACUCCGCUAUAGAUGAAGGUUUAACACGAGACAAACUGCUUUGAGCGAUUAUACUUAAGCCUUGUUGAAAUUAUCUAAGUGCUUGGUGCAUAACAAGUAUUUCUUUGCAGUGCCUGACAUAGUGGUUCUUUCAUGUGCCGAGAAUAUAGAGGACUGUUCUUUUUCAAGAUUAGAUGUUAGUCAAUAUUGUCUGCACUGACCCUGAACCAUAGAAGAAAUGUUUGGUCAUUGUUACUGGUCGUCAACAUUUUAUUGCCAAAAUUCUGCUCCAUGAAUGCUGCUAAUAAACUCUGGAAACAGUGACGUCUGAUAUGGACGGCACCAUAGUAAAAGUUGACCACACUUUUUUCCUGUGGUUUCUGGUCAGCUCAGAGUCAUUAAACUAGAUUUCUCCACACAGUGCCCUUCCUUCCGUGACCAGCAUCAUGGUAACAUCAUUCAUUUAAUAAGCGCGUUUUGUAUAACUUUUUAUUCAUAUAAUUUUACAUUAUACGUUUUGUAUGAUAUACGAAAUAACAUUGAGUUUGUCCAUGUAGGACACGGUUACAAGUCUUGUCUCAGAAUUGCCACGUAGACCGAGGAGUGCCAUACUUUAGCCUUUUGUGACAACAGACUGAGAUUCCUCAUUUAUCAUAUGGAUCCCAGUGACUUUACAAUAUUUACUGAGUAUUAUAUUCUGAGUGGUUGGCUAGAUGUUCAGUGUCAAAAGAGCAAAUUCCUAUUACAGUAAAACUGUAACUUUAGCAAGGUUGUUGUUUGUCUUCGGUACUGUUGUCUGUUGCUUAGCAACAUGUGGAGAACAUAGUUACUGUUUUUAGGACCACUUCUCUGUUAUCAUGCUUAGCAGUAAUAGGGGCAUCUAGUAAUGGCUGCCAUAUGUUCUCAGUGUGUCAUAGGUUCUAGAUGAUGGUGAAUGUUGAAGCCCUUUGGCGAACUCUCCUCUACCUGGGAUAGCAAAUCAUUUUAUUGUGAGAUGGACUAAUCUAACUAAUUUAUAAGUAAAGUGUUUUCUAACUGA